GCGCGUAGGGAUGUCCCCAAUGCACCCCGACGCCAUGUGAACGUCCGAUCCGCGCGUCCACGUUGUAGACGGACUUUAAAUACGAGAAAAGAAUCCUCUCCGAAGCCUACCACCCGCUUCGGGACUUUCUCACCUGAGCAACGAGAGAAACAGAGGGAUGGCUUGGCCCAAGUCUCUUGACGAGUACGAGAAGCUGGUGAUUCGGAUGAACACUCCAAGGGUCGUUAUUGACAAUGCAGUUUGCCCCACCGCGACUCUGGUGAAGGUUGAUAGCCCGAGAAAGGAUGGGAUUCUUCUUGAAGCAGUGCAGGUGCUGGCUGACCUUGAUCUUUCGAUCCAGAAGGCGUACAUCUCAUCCGAUGGCCGGUGGUUCAUGGACGUCUUCCAUGUCACUGAUCGUCAUGGCCAGAAGCUCACAGACGAAAGUGUCAUAUCGUACAUUGAACGAUCCCUAAGUUCAGCCGGCGACGAAGCGGGCCCCGGAUCCUGUGGUCUGGAGGCCCUCACAACCCUAGAGCUCAUCGGCACUGACCGCCCGGGGCUCCUCUCUGAGGUCAUCGCCGUCCUCGCUGACCUUCGCUGCAGUGUGGUCGAAGCCAAGCUCUGGACUCACAAGGGACGAAUCGCAGCACUACUUUUCGUCAAGGAUGAGGACUCCGGAUCUCUGAUUGAGGACUCCGACAAGAUCCGCCGAAUCGAAGUCCGCCUCCGUAACGUUGUUCGCGGUGCUACCACCGCUCUCUCAUCGUCCUCCACCGAGGCAGCCGGAGGAACCCGCGCUGAUCGCCGUUUACAUCAGAUGAUGUUCGCCGAUCGCGACUACGAACUUCGUGGCGGUGGCGGCCAGCCCUCUGUCUCCGUCCAGAACUGGACAGAGCGGGGCUACUCAAUAGUCAAUGUACAGUGUUCCGACCGACCCAAACUUCUUUUCGACGUCGUUUGCACUCUCACCGACAUGAAGUACGUUGUCUUCCACGGAAUCAUCGACACCACCGGCGAUAAAGCCUAUCAAGAAUUCUACAUUCGUCAUUCGGACGGCAGCCCGAUUAGCUCCGAAGCCGAGCGGCAGCGAGUGAUCCAAUGCCUGCAAGCAGCCAUCGACCGCAGAGCAUCCGAGGGUUUGAGAUUGGAGCUGUGCGUAGCGGAUCCAGAUCGAAGGUUGCUAGCUAAGGCGACAAGGGUUUUUAGAGAAAAUGGGCUAUCCGUAACGAGAGCAGAGAUGUCUACGAAGGGGGAGAUGGCUGUGAAUGUCUUCUACGUGACGGACGCCGGCGGCCACCCAGCCGACCGGAAGACUAUCGCAACUUGGUGA